AUGCAUAAUACACGACGCAAAGGACUACCGUUAGAACCGUUUCAACAAGACCUCACUACCUUUGAGCGCAGCGUCAGGAAAGCAACACACUCAACUCAAAGGAAUCUCAACAUGGAGAACGAAAACGAUGCUCCUCCUGGAUUCAACAAUGCGGGUGAUAAUCGAGUGAUCCCGCAGAAUCAAAAUCAGCAGAAUCCGCAGAAUGCUCAAGGACAGAACAAUGAAGGGCCUCGAGUGAAAACACUGAUGGAGAUAUUUCAGCCGAAUGUGGGAAACAACACCCAUGGCUAUUUUGCACAUCCUGUGCCGACUACCCAUUAUGAGAUCAAAACGAGUGUCAUUCAGCUGUUGAAGGAUAACUGCCAGUUCUAUGGGUUGCCCAGGGAAGAUCCUAACGCACAUCUUGCAAACUUCUUGGAAGUAUGUAGCACAUUCAAGAUGAACAACAUGACUGACGACGAGGUAUGGCUUCGCCUGUUCCCAUUUUCUCUGAGGGAUAAGGCGAAACAAUGGCUUCACGCUCUACCUAGCGCAGGAAUUAACACUUGGUCUGAUUUGGCGAAAGCGUUCUUGCACAAGUAUUUCUCCAUGGCAAAGACUGCAAAGCUGACUAGGGAUAUUAUGCUCUAUCAGCAACUUGAUGGGGAAUCAGUUCAUGAAGCGUGGGAGCGCUAUAAGGAGAUGCAGAGGCAAGUUCCGCAUCAUAACAUCACUCGGGAGAAUCUGAUCCAAACCUUUUACAAUGGAGCAACUGAAUUGGGGAGAAGCACGAUUGACGCAGGCGCAGGAGGGUCUCUGAUGAGAAAAACGGCGGAUGAAGCAUUCGAUCUGUUAGAUGAGAUGGCAGUAAAUGGCUGUUUUUGGCCAUCUGAAAGGGCGAAGGCACCUGCGCAGAGAGGAGUUAUGUCAGUUACUGCUGAGUCUGCAAUGGAGGCUUUAAAAUCGAAGACUGCAGCAUUGCAAAAUCAAGUGGAUUUUCUUACACGGCAGGCUGCAGGAGUUAAUAUUAACAGUGUAGCUGCCAUUCAGAGUAACUGCGAGGUAUGUGGGGAGCAUGGUCAUAUGUCGAAUGAAUGUUCUGUAUGGGGUCAGCCUAACAAUGAACAAGUUAAUUUUGUGGGAGGGCAAAGACAGGGCAAUGAUCCAUACGCUUCCACUUACAACCCAGGAUGGAGGAAUCACCCGAACUUCUCAUGGAAGGACAAUGGGGGUAAUGCCAACAAUCAGGCAGGUCCGAGCUUUCAGGGCGGACAGAGGCCACAACACAAUCAGGGCAACUACCAGAAUCAAGGGAACUUUCAGAAUCAAGGGAAUUUCCAACAUCAGAACAACCGACCGCAGCAUCCUCCUGGCUUCCAACAAAGAGAGCAAGGCGAGUCUCUCCACAGCAAGUUUGAUAAAUUGAUGGAGAUGAUGAUGAAGAAGGAUGCCGAGACGCAGCAAACAUUUAAAAAUCAUGCUGCCACAAUUCAUAACCUUGAGGUGCAGAAUCAGCAGAUGGCUAAAGCACUGCAAAGCAGAAGUCAGGGGGGUUUACCAUCCACUACUGAGGAAAACCCCAGAGAGCAUCUCAAGGCUAUUGAGUUGAGAAGUGGGAAAGCACUGGAUGAUCCAUAUGCAGGACGUGCUACAGUUGGGGCGGAAAAGGAACAGUGUGAGGGUGGUGAGCCUGAAAAGGUAGUUGCUAAACCACCUCCACCACCUCCUUUUGUGCCAAAGGUGCCAUUCCCACACAGAGUGAAGAAGCCGCAGGACACUUGGAAGUUUCACAAAUUUCUUGAAACUUUCAAGAAGCUACAGAUUAACAUCAGUCUGGCAGACGCAUUGAGAGAGAUGCCGCACUAUGCAAAGUUUCUCAAGGAGAUCAUCACCAACAAGCGGAGUUGGGAUGCAGAGGGACCAGUACCGAUGACAGAAAACUGCAGCUCAAUCAUAUUGAGCAGUCUACCGACCAAGCUUAAGGAUCCAGGAAGUUUCACUAUCCCUUGUACUAUCGGUAACAUGCAUAUGUUUGGUGAUCAACAGGUACAGGCUACGCCGAUGAUGUUGCAGCUAGCGGAUCACUCUCUCAAAAAGCCACAUGGGAUUGUGGAAGAUGUCCUAGUGAAGGUCAACAAAUUCAUAUUCCCUGUGGAUUUUGUUGUCCUUGACUACGCAGCGGACAAGGAGUGCCCGAUGAUAUUGGGGCGGCCAUUCAUGAACACUGGCAGAGCUCUUAUCGAUGUUCAUGAUGGAAAGCUGACUCUGAGAAUUGGGGAUGAGAGAGUUGAGUUUGACAUGAGAAAGAUCACACGCCAUCCCAAUUCUGGAGGUGAAUGCAUGCGGGUAGACAUGGUGGAUGAGUUAGUGGAAGAACAACUGGCAGAAACCAAUGCCAUCCUGCAGUCUAUGCCGAAUGAAAGGGAGGAGUACUUAGAGGAACCAGUCCUCGAACCACUGUUGAAAAGCAAGCACAUCACUCCUCCCUCCUCUGAGAAGCCACCAAAAGUGGAGCUCAAGACUUUGCCUGCACACUUACGAUAUGCCUUCUUGGGAGCGGAUGGCACUUUGCCCAUUAUCGUCAGCAACAAGCUCACCAAGAAGCAAGAGCAGAGAGUCAUUGAGGUAGUCAAGGGACGUAUCUUGGCUAUUGGGUGGCAGAUUUCAGAUAUCAGGGGGAUCAGCCCUUCAGUAGUGAUGCAUCGGAUUCAUUUGGAGGAUGAGUCUAAGGCAUCUGCGCAGAGACAGAGACGGCUGAACCCUAACAUGAAAGAGGUGGUUCACAAGGAGAUUGUGAAGCUACUUGAUGCGGGCAUCAUCUAUCCCAUUUCUGAUAGUUCAUGGGUGAGCCCAAUUCAGUGUGUGCCGAAGAAAGGCGGGAUGACAGUUGUAGAGAAUGAGAAAGGGGAACAGAUUUCUACUCGCACGGUUACUGGGUGGCGAGUGUGCAUUGACUACAGGAAGCUGAAUGCCGAAACUAGGAAGGAUCACUUCCCGCUUCCUUUUAUUGAUCAGAUGCUAGAGCGAGUGGCAGGACAUGCAUUUUACUGUUUUUUGGAUGGUUACUCUGGGUACAAUCAGAUCAUUAUCUUCCCAGAGGACCAAGAGAAGACUACCUUUACUUGUCCAUAUGGCACUUUCGCCUACCGCCGCAUGCCGUUCGGUCUUUGCAAUGCGCCUGCUACGUUUCAGAGGUGCAUGACUUCGAUCUUUAAUGAUAUGAUCGAAGACAUCAUGGAAGUAUUCAUGGACGAUUUUUCAGUCUUUGGAGACUCCUUCGAGUGUUGUCUUCGUAAUUUAGACCGGGUCCUGCAGAGAUGCGAGGAGACAAAUCUAGUGCUGAACUGGGAAAAAUGCCACUUCAUGGUUGAGGAGGGCAUUGUUUUGGGGCACAAGAUAUCCAGAGAGGGUAUCGAGGUUGACAGGGCAAAGACAGAGGUGAUUGAGAAGCUUCCACCUCCAAUCACAGUGAAGGGAGUCCGUGCCUUCCUCGGGCACGCAGGUUUUUAUCGCAGGUUCAUCAAGGAUUUUUCUUCCAUAGCGCGUCCUUUGACUACCUUACUUGUCAAGGACGCGCCCUUUUUGUUUACUGAUGCCUGUUUAGCUUCUUUUCUCAGGUUAAAGGAAGCACUGGUCACUGCCCCAGUCAUCUCUAGCCCGGAUUGGGAUCUGCCCUUUGAGAUCAUGUGCGAUGCAAGCGAUCAGGCGUUGGGAAGCAUUCUGGGGCAGAGGAAGGACAAGAAGCUUCAUGUCAUCUAUUAUGCGAGUCGCACUUUAACAGGAGCUCAGCUGAACUACACUACCACGGAGAAGGAAAUGCUAGCGGUAGUGUUUUCACUGGAUAAAUUUAGGCAGUAUCUACUUGGCUCAAAGGUUAUCAUUUAUACUGAUCAUGCUGCGCUACGAUACCUUUUUGCCAAGCAAGAUGCAAAGCCUAGGUUGAUUCGGUGGGUCUUGCUCCUGCAAGAGUUUGAUUUGGAGAUCAGAGACAAGAAGGGCACGGAGAAUGUGGUAGCAGACCACUUGUCGCGGUUAGAGGUUCCCGAGCCAGUGAUAGAAGGCGAAGUCAUCAACGAAAGGUUUCCUGAUGAGGCUCUCAUGCUCAUUAAGGAGACGAUGAAUCCAUGGUAUGCAGACUUCGCCAACUAUCUAUCAGCUGACAUUAUGCCUCCUGACAUGAGCAGUCACCAGCGCAAGAAGUUCCUCUCUGAUGUUAAGCGCUAUCUGUGGGAUGAGCCAUAUCUAUUUCGAGUGUGUGCAGAUGAGAUGAUCCGGAGAUGUGUUGCAGAGGAAGAAAUGUUGGCCAUUAUGACUCAGUGCCAUUCUUCAGAUUAUGGGGGUCACUAUGCUUCGGGUAGGACAGCAGCACGAGUCCUAGAGAGUGGGUUCUACUGGCCUACACUGCACAGGGAUGUGAGAGAUUUUGUGCAGCACUGCGACAGAUGCCAGCGCACUGGCAAUAUAUCAAGGCGUGAUGAGAUGCCUCUUUCCUCUAUUCAGGAGGUUGAGAUUUUUGAUGUCUGGGGUAUAGACUUCAUGGGACCAUUCCCUGUGUCAUGUGGGAACUUAUACAUCUUGGUGUGCGUCGACUAUGUGUCGAAAUGGGUGGAAGCAGCUGCUUUGCCCACUAAUGAUGGAAAAGUGGUCCUGAAGUUCCUGAAGAAGUUGAUCAAUAGAUUUGGUGUGCCACGGGCGAUCAUCAGUGAUGGAGGGUCACACUUUUGUAAUCAGCAAUUUUCCGCCCUGAUGAGGAAAUACCAUGUUUAUCACAGAGUGGCGACUCCAUACCACCCUCAGACGAGUGGACAGGUUGAAGUGUCCAAUAGAGAGUUGAAGCGCAUUCUUGAAAAGACAGUGAAUAGCUCGCGCAAAGACUGGUCUCAGAAAUUGGAUGAUGCGUUGUGGGCAUAUCGGACAGCAUUCAAAACACCAACUGGUAUGUCACCUUACAGGUUAGUCUAUGGAAAAGCUUGUCACUUACCUUUGGAGCUAGAGCAUCGCGCAUAUUGGGCCAUCAAAGAGUUAAAUUUUGACCCUCGACUCUCGAAGCAGAAGCGCCUCCUGCAACUGAAUGAACUUGAUGAGUUUCGCUUGUCGGCAUAUGAGAAUGCCAAGUUGUACAAGGAAAAGACCAAGAAAUGGCACGAUGCUCAUAUCGUGCCUAAGCAGUUUACAGAAGGCAGUCAUGUGCUACUGUACAACUCUCGCUUGCGUCUAUUCCCUGGCAAGCUUAAGUCGAGAUGGAGCGGACCUUUCAAGGUGCGCCAUGUAGCUGAGCAUGGAGCAAUUGAGCUCGAAAAUGCAAGUGGAGAGACUUUCAAAGUAAAUGGACAGCGGUGCAAGCCGUACUUAGGUCCGUUGACGGAUGAAGGACGAGAGUGCUACACUCUCGACGCUCCAAACUGA